UUCUCCAGUUUCCACUAGUUUCAUGCUUGUGUGGAUUUAUUAGUGAUGACACAUGGGAACACCUAUCUGGAAUUGAUAGCUGAGACGGCUAUGACUACGGACAGACAAAUUAUUUGGUGCCCAGCAGUAGUAUGUUAAAGCCAGCAAGCUAGAUUCUGCAGGCAGGAAAGUAAAGCUGGAUAAAGAAGCUUCGUGAACUGCUCUGUGAAAUUAGUCUGGUUGAGGAGAUUUUGGUAUCGGCACCAUGCCGGACAUACUUGGCCCUUUGGAGCACCAUGAAACCCAGCAUCCUUGCAGCGGCCAAACUUCCCCCACAGAUGGGUCAUCAAGCCCUCCUGUUUUCCCGACAUACAAGCGCUUGAUUGACCGCAUUAACAGCAGAGUCAAAUCAGGUGACAAAUUCUUCUCCCUGGAGUUUUUCCCACCUAGAACGGCGGGAGGAGCUGUCAACCUGAUCAGCAGGUUUGAGCGUAUGGCAGAGGGUCAGCCGUUAUUCUGUGACAUAACCUGGCACCCAGCGGGAAACCCGAGCUGUACGGAGAAACCCACCAGUUCCACAUGCAUGGCUGGCACCAUGCUCAACUAUUGCGGGCUGGAAACCAUGCUCCACAUGACAUGCUGUGGCCAAUCAAAAGACGAGAUCAGAGCCUGUCUGAAGAAAGCCAAACAGUUGGGAAUCAAAAAUAUUCUAGCGUUACGUGGAGAUCCCCCGGUCGGGGAGGAGGAAUGGACGCCCAGUGAGAAUGGCCUUAACUAUGCCUGCGACCUGGUCAGGCUAAUCCGAGAGGAGUAUGGGGACUACUUUGUCAUAGCUGUUGCAGGGUAUCCUUCAGGUCAUCCAGAUUGUGCAUCUUACCAUGAGGAUUUACACCACCUGAAGACAAAAGUGGAUGCAGGCGCGGAUUUCAUCAUCACACAACUCUUCUUUAAUGCAGAGACUUUCGUACGAUUUGCAAAAGACUGCAAAGAGAUUGGCAUCAACUGUCCUAUUUUACCUGGUAUCUUACCUAUUCAGGGCUAUCAGUCAUUGAGGCACAUUGUUAAGCUGUCAAAACUAGAAGUGCCACAGGAAAUACUCGAUGCCAUCAAUCCAAUCAAAGACAAUGAUGAAGCUGUACGAAAUUUUGGAAUUCAACAAGCUGUUAACCUGGCCAAAGGUGUGUUAAAUAGCGGCGUUGUGCACGGGUUACAUUUCUACACUCUCAACCGAGAAGUUGCCACAAUUCAGAUUCUAAAACAAAUUGGACUGUGGGCAGAAGAGCCAAUGAAGCCUUUGCCGUGGAAACCAACAGCCAAUUACAACAGGUGUAACGAAGAAGUCCGUCCUAUUUUCUGGAGUAAUCGUCCUAAGAGCUAUGUUUAUAGGACCUCUGACUGGGAUGACUUUCCAAAUGGCAGAUGGGGUAAUUCGUCAUCUGCGUCUUUUGGACAGCUUUCAGACUACUAUCUGUUUUACCUCAAAUCUCGAUCCUCAAAAGAGGACAUGUUAAAAAUGUGGGGAGAGGAACUGCUGUGUGAAGAAGACGUGUGGGAUGUCUUCCACAGGUUCAUCACUGGAGAACCUAACAGUAAUGGAGUUGUGGUCAAGCAGAUUCCUUGGGAUGAUGAUGGUCUUUCUCCAGAAACAGUGUUAAUUUCUGAGAAACUUGCUUCAUUGAACAAGCGGGGUGUCCUCACCAUUAACUCUCAACCAGCAGUGAACUGUGCACCAUCGAGCGACCCCAAUGUGGGAUGGGGCUCUGCAAAUGGCUAUGUGUUCCAAAAGGCAUAUUUGGAAUUCUUCACAGCCAAAGAAAACAUCCGGGUUCUGAAGGAAGUAUUACCUGAUUACCCUCAGGUCAACUAUCACAUUAUCAGCCACAGUGGUGAAGCAGAUUACACAAACUGUGACGACCUCCAGCCGAUUGCUGUUACAUGGGGUGUGUUCCCAGGGAAGGAAAUCAUCCAACCAACUGUUGUAGAUCCAAUAUCCUUCAAAUUCUGGAAGGAUGAAGCAUUUGGUUUGUGGAAGCAGCAGUGGGGGAAGCUGUACCCAGCCGACUCACCAUCUCAGGCCGUGAUUGAUUACAUACAUGAUAACUACUACCUGGUCAACCUAGUGGAUAAUGACUUCCCAAAAGAAACGUGUCUCUGGGAAAUCGUGGAAAAAAUGCUGCUGAAAAAGGAACGAUCCAAUUCGGCAGAAAACUGAAUUAGUGGAAACAGAAAAAAACUAAGGGUGCAAGAUGAAAAGAAGCAACGUUCAGGACUUACAUGUGAUGUGAGGAACUGAGAGUACAAAAUCUAAUGUUCUGUUCUGAGCAUAGACUUUAGUGCUAGGGGUAUGUGUAUGUUACAGUACCCUUUGGACACUUGCUAUACAGCUCCAUAAUUUUGGAGAAGAACUGACUUUAAGUCUCUUUGAAACUUGUUUACAUGGGAUUGCUCUAUAAUGCAUCUUCAAGAAAGCAUAUAAUGCUUUGUCUGGUCAAAGAUGUAAUUCGCACAAUUGAGGUUUUGGGACCAGUGCAAGUCAUUGGAGAAGUGGGUACUAAAAAUCUGGCAAGGAUUUAUUUUUCUCCCAUAUUUAGUCUCCAUACAUGUACAUAACUUGUUAAUUACCUGUUGUAUAUAAACAUGUACAUGUCUAUAACAUAUACAUUACGUGUAUAAU